CUUCUUAUUCUUCGUUCUCUGAGCCUUUCCUGAUGAAACAUGUCCUAAUCGAUGUAGACGAGAGCUUAUCUUUAGCGAUGGCGAACCGGGUACGAAGGCGGAAUCGGGGGAUCAGCUCCAGUGGAGAUGUCAUGGCACAGGAGCCGGACAUGGGAUUCUCAGAUUCUGGUCCUCACUUUCCAAUGCUUUAUCGACAUACUGAUGAUGAAGAUGAUGAACGCUUAUUGCGUAAAGAUGUUUCGUUGGACUCGAGUGGAAGCUGGUUCUCGCGGACGCGGGAGUCGCUCAGAGGGGAUAUCUCUUCCAUUUGCCUUCUUCUCUUCCUCUACCUGCUGCAAGGAGUUCCUCUAGGACUUAUUGGAGCGAUCCCUCUUUUGUUACAAGGGAGACAUGUGUCAUAUGGGCAACAAGCAAUAUUCUCUUUUGCUUAUUGGCCAUUUAGUAUGAAACUUCUAUGGGCGCCUAUAGUUGAUUCCGUAUAUUGGAAGCGAAUCGGUCGACGGAAAUCAUGGAUGGUGCCUUGCCAGUACCUCAUCGGAGUAUUCAUGCUCGUGUUGUCGUUCAAAGUCUCCUAUGUAAUGGGGGAUGGAACAGAAGAGACAGUUGCAGACCAGGGUCCAAAUGUUUUAUUUCUAAUGUUGAUAUUCCUUCCUUUGAAUUUCCUCGCAGCUACCCAGGAUAUUGCUGUGGAUGGUUGGGCGUUGACCAUAUUGUCAAGGAAAAAUGUGGGUUAUGCUUCCACAUGUAAUGCUGUUGGUCAAACGGCCGGAUACUUUCUUGGGAAUGUGGUCUUUCUUUCAUUGGAGUCAGCGGAUUUUGCAAACACUUUCAUCCGUUCAGCAGACAAUCAAAAACCCUACGGCAUUAUUGAUCUAGCAGGUUUUGUUUUCUUUUGGGGUUGGAUAUUCAUCAUAUCAACUACACUGGUUCUGAUUUUCAAAAAAGAAGUUGAUAAUUCUCUGCAAACCGCCACGGGAAAUGCUGAUGAUGACGAGAAAGAAAUUGAUCUGGGAAUCGCAGAGACGUACACCGUUUUGUGGAAGAUCUUGAGGUUGAAGCCAAUGCUUUGGAUGCUCGUUAUUCUGCUCACAGGAAAGGUUGCUUUUGCCGCCACUGAUGGUAUCACUGGAUUGAAACUGAUUGGCAUGGGCAUGCCGAAGGACAGGCUAGCUAGCUUCGGGUUGUUCUUGACCCCACUACAGAUCUUGCUUCCUUGGAUGAUCGGAAAAUGGACUGCUGGACCUAGACCGCUCAACAUAUUUUUGAUGGCAUAUCCAUAUAGGUUGUUUGUUGGAGGCAUAUUUGCUGCUCUUGUGUACUUUACGCCUUCAUUCAAGCUCGAUACGGGUAAAUUUAGCAAUAGUGUCUACGUAGUAUGGAUCAUUGGUUAUGUUUUCCAUCAGAUAGCCACAUACUGCAUGUUUGUGUCGAUGAUGGCAUUCAAUGCACAAGUCUCUGAUCCGCGCAUUGGUGGCACAUACAUGACACUGUUGAAUACGCUCAAUAAUCUUGGUGGAAAUUGGCCCGUGACGUUGGUAUUAUCUGUAACGGAUUGGUUUACUUGGAAGGAAUGCGUCGCUAAAGGCACCAAACAUGUUUUGUAUACGUGCAACACGAAGCCACUGGCCGAGCAAUGUGCUGCUGGAGGUGAUGUCUGUGAAAUGAUUGAUUUGGUAUAAACUGUUAUUCAAUAAAAUCAAGUAUCUACAAAAGAUUCCUCGGAAGGAAUGGAGCGUAAUCAAACGAUAACAUGUCCAUUAGUCAUAGAGUCUGUGAAAGGGCAGAAAGCGGAUUAUGUUUCUACUAUUCGAAAACCUCUACAAGAAAAUCCUCAUUUUCUUGCGCUGCAUUUACCAACUUAAUAAUAAUUCAAAGAUCCCAGUCCAAACGAUGAAAACGGGCCGAUAGUGGCCAAAAAUCUCGAUUCGUCCUCAUUUCUUUUUUCUUCAUCUCGGUAUACUCUUCGCAAGUAUGUGCUCCUGACGGAGCUGGUUUUUGCUUUUGACCCUCCCGCUGUGUGUACCCGCUUCCUCAAGUCAUUCCUCUCAUUUGUAAUAUAGGUGUGAUUUUGUGCAGUCAGUUCUUCUUUUCCUUCUUUUUUCCGUUUCCCUAAUCUAUCGCUCAUAUCCUUUAUUUGUGAUCACAUUUUGUGCACUGACACGUGUGGGUCUGUGAUAGAUCUAUUUAUACUCCUCUUGAGGAUAACUGAUGUUUGUUUCUUCUGGAUCGAAUAAUAGUUCAUUGAUAUAAACAUUGAGAUCA